UUCUCCCUCCAUUAAAAGUAGUUAAUGAUUACCGGCAGCUACCGCUGUUUGAAGCAUGCAGAGAGAGGUAUCGCUGCAGUAGGAAAACCUUCCAAUUUCCUCUAGUCCUGGACUUGGAGACAGAUUUGCCUGCUGCUGGUGCUGUCAGCCGCAGGCAGGCAAAGGCUUCUGGCAGGCAACAGGUUAGCUGCAGCCGUGUGCUGAGAGAGGGAGGCAGCCAAUAUCCGCUCGCUGCCCUCCAGCCUCUUGCCGCUGCCGCCCAGCGAUGGAGCCCGCGCUGCCGUCGUCUUCCAUGACUGGGGGAAGGCAAACAAGUAAAGGUGUGUGUGUGAGUGUGAGCGUCUAUGUGUGUGUACAGAAAAGGGAGAGAGGCUAGCAAACAUGGAUUCAAGGUUCUCCUCUCCACAGUGGCUGUGCGAAGGAAUGAAAGGUCUGCAGUAAGCUGAAGUGGAAGGCUUGCAGGUUACCAUGCCUGAGAAGAAGAAGGUGGCCAUGUUGUUUCAGCCUGCUCUGCUUCGCUGCCAUUUCUCCACUUCUUCUACCCAACCAGCUGUCGUGCAGUGGAGGUUUAAAUCGUACUGCCAGGACCGAGUGGGAGAAGCUUUGGGGAUGGCGACUUCUGGUUUACAAACGAUGAGCAAGAGGAACCUGGACUGGGAUCCCUAUUUGGACUGUGUGGACAGCAGGAGGACAGUCCGAGUUGUGGCUUCCAAACAAGGAUCUGCUGUGACUAUAGGGGACUUCUAUAAGGAAAGAGACAUCAGCAUUGUCCACGAUGCAGACCUUCAAAUUGGAAAGUUGAUGUGGGGAGACAGUGGGCUCUAUUACUGCCUUAUUAUCACACCGGAUGAUGUGGAGGGCAAGAAUGAAGAAUCGGUGGAACUGCUUGUGCUUGGCAGGACAGGGCUGCUUGCUGAUCUCUUGCCCAGUUUUGCUGUGGAGAUUAUGCCAGAGUGGGUCUUUGUGGGCCUGGUGAUCCUGGGGGCAUUCCUGUUCUUCCUCCUGGUGGGAAUCUGCUGGUGCCAGUGCUGCCCACACAGCUGCUGCUGUUAUGUCCGCUGCCCCUGCUGUCCCGAGUCCUGCUGCUGUCCCCGGGCCUUGUAUGUAGCAGGCAAAGCAGCAAAAGCUGGGUACCCUCCUCCAGUCUCUUCCAUGCCAGGUGCAUACUACAUCCCCAGUGUUCCUGUGACUGGUGUCCCGUCUCCUGCUGUGCUGAUGGAUAAGUCACACCCUCCUCCCUUAGCCCCAGGUGACGCCAGUGGAGGAAGCCAAAAUGCAGUGUGCAAAGGGUACAGGAUCCAGGCUGACAAGGAAAGGGACUCCAUGAAGGUGCUUUACUAUGUGGAGAAAGAACUGGCUCAGUUUGACCCAGCUAGGAGAACAAUGCGGGAACGAUAUAACAACACCAUCUCUGAACUCAGCUCUUUGCAUGAAGAGGACCUGAACUUCCGUCAGCCCUACCAUCAGUCACGAAGGAAACCUCUGCCUCCUGCCGGGGACCUGGAUGGCGAUGCUGAAUACUGGGCUGGAGUGAUGGGUGGGGGCAGCACGUCCAGAUCACAGGCUGUCUCUGAUUACAGAGAUGAGCGGGACACUUUCUGGCACAGCCAGCAGAGAUCCAAGUCUGAGAUGUUGUCCCGUAAGAGUUUCUCUGUGGGAGUGCCGGCUGUCUCCAUGGACGAGCUGGCAGCCUUUGCAGAGUCCUACAGCCAGAGGAUGCGGCGAGCAGACAGCCAGGAAACACGGCGCUUCGAGCGCUCGGAGUCGCAUGGCGGCCGCAGCGGAGGGAUGCCCCACCAGGAUGGCUCCGUUGAAGAGUACUACACCAAGCGCAACAGAGGGAACCGGGAGCUGCUGACAGACUCAGAUCAGGGCUGGUCAUACAGCCCACCCCGGAGACGGGCCCAUGAGGAGAAGCACCUGCCCAGGCUGGUGAGCCGGACGCCUGGAGGGAGCCAGAAAUAUGAUCACUCCUACCUCAGCAGUGUGUUGGAGAGGAAAUCUCGGAGCUACGAUGAGAGCGGUGACCAUAGUGAAACUCCCUCGAAGCUGAGCUCGCAGCCCAGCCAGAGAGGAGGGGGAACAUACUAUGCCUGGUCGCCACCCUCUACCUACAAAGCUGAGAAAUCGCAGCAGCAGCCACAGCAGCCACCAUCAUCGCCUGAGCAGGAGGAUGAGGAGGACACCCUGCCCCCAUACAGUGAGAGGGAGCUGAGCCGAGGCCCUUCGUAUAGGGCCAGGGAGCAGGCCUACCUCAAUGCCUCUGACAAGAAGAGGAAGAAGGACCCCAAGAAAACAGUGAGGCCGUGUCUGGUGCUCAUGAUCCAAAUAGGCUGAGCAGGGAGCCACCAGAACGAUUUCCCAACAAGGAUGUCCCUUGUGGUUUGAAGUUGUUGUGGACAUGUCGUGUUGAUGGGCUGGAUACUAUGAGGUGACUGCAAUGGAAAAGAGAGAGAGCAGCAAGCAAGACAAGCCUCCCGUGAACCUGUGCAGUCAUUGGCCAUGGACUCUGUUUCUAUUGUUUGUCUCAUCAGGGGAGUAGAGCCUUUCACAAGAGACAGACUCCGAUGAACAGUACUCGGUCUCAGAGGCUCUGUGAGUCUGCCAGGGAUAUGAGGCCAGGGCUGUCUUUGGCACCGUGUUUUCCAGUGCGCUCCAUUUUGUGCUGGAAGGCAGCCACAUCCCCACUGUCCCUGCAGCCCUGAACUACAAGUGAGGCUGCCUGUGUGCCUCUUGCCCUGUCCUGUGUGCAGAGAGAAGCCUUUGCGCUUAGCUCUUGCUCUCUCUGUCUCCUCAGUUCUCUGUUUGGAUCAAAGUUGUCUCCAUAUUUGCAGUUGGAGCCUUUUCUGUAUCAUCCCUAUGCCGGGAGGAAGCUUUGUUCUUACAGCUGCAGGCCGCCUCCAGCUUGUCUAUAUCGUGAAAGAAAAUGUACAUCCUUCCAGACACCAUAGAAAAGGACUGGUGAGAUGUUACUUUGGCAAGGGCUGAACAGAUAGAGAGACAAUUAUGGGCUGGUUAGUUCAAUAUAUUUAGUUCUGUUCAUUGUGUGAUGAAAGUUACAGGUGAGAUUGAUGUAUUAUUUUGAAAGUGGAUCAAAGUAGCUUUUAUUGUGAGAGCAUGAUGUGUUUUCCCCCCCACCCCCAACUUUGUUUUGUUUUGAUACUGUUACAUUUCUUUGCAGUCAAGCUAUGACCUGUAAAGCUUCAAGCUAGAGUAUCUACUCCACCAUACCAUAAGUAGUGCUCCAGCCUUGCUGGCAUUCUGCUUCCAGCACCACCAGACAUCUCUGCAUAGCAAGCUUUUGUUUUAAAGGGCCUUUUUGUUUUAGAGAAGCUAAAAGGAGAAAGUCUCAGAGGGCAGCUGUCUCCAUUCUGUCCUACCAGUAUUACUCUUUUCUGGUCAUUGUUCCCAGACACUGAAAAGAGUAGUAACACCAAUGAAAAAAGAACUAACACUGUGGAUGAACACAAGCUUUAAAAGUCACCUUUUUCACUUACAGCCAUUUCAUUUACCUCAGUUGUGACUGAGAUGUUAGUGGCUGUUGUCUCAGGAACAGCUUAAUUUCAAAGUGAAGUACUUCAAACUGGAAGCCUGAAGUUCUGAUUUACAUUCUGUAUACUGCAGCCAUUUCAUUAAUUUUUAGCUGCUGACACCGUAACGUGAAGGAAGAUGAUGGGAAUAUUUUAAGGUCCAGUAUCUUGAUCCCUAUUAUAGCUAGAAACAACUUAGUGCCCUACUGUGUUACAGACAUUGUCAGCCUACGAAAUGCCAUUUCUGUUCUUACUGUGGAAAUCUGGCGAGCUGUCUGGCCUCAGGUGCUCAUUCUGGCAACACUGGUUUGAACACAAGAUUUACUAACAUCACCGCAAUUCUC